ACAACCUGGACAUUGGACAUCACCCAGAGAGAGGUAAUAGGACAGCCUAGACACUGGACAACCAUCAGAGAGAAAGUUAUUUGAUGGUGUUUGGUCUGUGGCUGGCGGCUUCUCCGCCAUACCUCUCCUCCGUCUCUAAUCUCUUGAGGCUGGAACAUGCCACGUCGGAAACAGGUUCAUCCCAAACCUCUGAGAGAUAAAAUUGAAGAAGCACAAAAAGAACUACAGGCUCCAGAAUGUACGGAACACGAAUCACAGCUUCCAGAAGACCCCAGUAAAGAAUUUCAUGACUCGAAAGGCAAAAGAAAAGCAAAUACAGUCAAAGGUAUAAAGAGGAAGAAGAUUGUGGCUGAAAACAUUCUGAAGAAAAUCCCCAGGUCUCCUGUGAAAACACUCGCAAAGUCUCGCAAUGAUAGGGAGAAUUUGGAAGCAGCAGUUUUGUUUAGUGAUUCUUCAGUUGCUUCUGAACUUUUAAAGAAAGACCACUUGUUUGUGCAAAAUGGAGGAGUGGAGACUGAAAGAGAGUCUCAGCAAGAACAUUCACAAGGGCUAAAUCAAAAUUUUGAGAAAACCAAACCAGGCAGAUCAAUGCAGAAGGGGAGGAUUGAAGCAACGCAGCACUCAAUUGAUUCAUGUAGCAGACCUCCAAAUUGGAGAGCUCAACAACUUGAAAGGGAUGUUAAAGUGAAAUCACCAGGAAUAGAUAAAAUUCACGCAUUAUCAAAAGAGCGACCGCAACAUCAGCUUGAUCAUUUAUCUCUGUUUCGUGAACAUUGGAUCAUUAAACCUGAGAACAAUACUUGCAGUACACACGGGAUUUCUCCCUCAUAUGCAAGUACUGCUUUUGAUGUCUUAUUGAAAGCUAUGGAACCUGAACUAAAGACUCUUUCAAGUAGGAAAUCCUCACUAAUUGCAGAGGGUUCAAGAAAAUCGAAUGCCACUAUUGGAACCCAAGGAGAGUCCACUGGAAUCUCAACAAUAACCUCACAGGUUCUAAAGCAGACUUCAGUGAUCAAGUCUGAAUUUGGCACAGGAUCACAGGAUUAUUGUAAUGUUACUCAGAUUGUGCCCAAAUCAGGGAAUAGAGAACAAGCACAGGUUCAGCCUUCGUCAUAUGUACACUACCAGCAAACCCGAUUUGUUUCACCGGCUGCACAACAAAAUCAACACCAUGCCUUAUCGCAAAGGUUCAAUGGAUCACCAUCACACCAGCAUAGCCAAGAAAAGCACUAUUAUCAAUCGACGUACAAUUUAACAGUGACGCCAUUAGGUCAUCCUCAGGCCUCUGUCAUGCCACACGGUCUGCCUCAAAGUCAACUUUUGGGUUAUCCAAAACAAUCUAUAGCAGCUAAUCCACCUAACUGUGUUCAGGUAGCACCUGGUUAUAACCAAAUGUCUGAUAUCUUGCUUAAAGACCAGAAGCCUAAAAAGCAAGGGAAAUACAUUUGCGAGUAUUGUAAUCGAGCUUGUGCAAAACCUAGUGUCCUGCAAAAACACAUUCGAUCCCAUACAGGUGAACGACCCUACCCUUGUAUUACAUGUGGAUUUUCAUUUAAGACUAAAAGCAAUUUAUAUAAGCACAAAAAGUCCCAUGCACAUGCUAUCAAACUUGGUUUGGUUUUGAGAUCCGAGAGCAGUGGUGCAUCGCUGUCCCAGGAAUCUGACCGAGCACUUAAUACUCACUCAGAUGUAGAAGAAAGUGGUGAGAGUGAUGAUGAAUCCACAUCUGAAGAAAGAUUGUUUGAACAGAAGCACUUUGAAUCAGAGCCUGCACAAGUAUCUAGCAAUAUGUUGUAUUCUGAAAAAUAUGUGGACCCUGUAAAUUUCAUGUCAUCAGACAAACUGGCAAAUCAAACCUUUGAUUGCGAGAUUGGUGAAUCAGUCCCACCACAGAAAUCCUGCGAGUCUAAAGUAACGACAGCUUUACCGAAAGUAGUUGUGUAUCCUGUGACUGUUUCCCCCCGAAGGGCUGAUAGCCCAAAGGUGACGACCGUAUCCCCAGAACGAGCAACUGCACAACAGGAAACUGAUCCACAGACUGCAAGGAUUAGGUCUAUCUCAACCUUGACUUCACCAAUUCAGAAACUAGAUCAUGAAGAUAAGGAACAGAUAAGGAUGAGUCAUCAAGAAGAACAUGAACCUCAGCUGAUUAUGGGACAUGCACAGCUUCAGAGGCAGCAAGCUACCGACUUUUCUCAGCAACAGCAAGUGAAGCAUCAUUUAAGCCCUCGAAGUUUAGGCAGCACAGAUUCUGGGUACUUCUCGCGUUCUGAGAGUGCAGAUCAGCAAAUGAGCCCAAUAAGUCCUUUCCAAAAGCUGAUAGCCACCACUGACAUGGAUCCUGGUAAGAACAUCCUUCCUUGUCCACCUCAUAGCAGCCAUGUCAUAUCCACCGUUUUGUAUUUGAGCUCACCUGAAAAAGCAUCAGUGUUGUCUGCUCCUGUCCGCAUUUCAGCAGCAACAAAAACCCUUGAGGAGCGCAUUUCCAAGUUGAUAUCAGACAAUGAAGCUGUAGUAGAUGAUAAGCAGCUGGAUAGUGUGAAACCAAGAAGAACCUCUCUUUCAAGGAGAGGGAGUAUAGAUUCACCCAAACCAUAUACAUUUAAAGAUUCCUUUCAAUUUGAUUUACGGCCACUUCAUUCUGGAAGGCGAACAAGCUCCAGUUCUGAUAUACCAAAGUCCCCCUUUACGCCCACUGACAAAUCAAAGCAAGUUUUUCUUCUAUCGGUUCCUCCUCAGUUUCCUUCUCUUGACUGCUUACCAAUUACAAGAAGUAAUUCAAUGCCUGCUACUCCAGGGUACUCCACUAUACGGACCAGUACAAUGCCUGCAGCCCACCCACUGCGCGAGAGCCAUUCAUUCGAUGAUAAAAUUGGAGGUUCAUUCAGUGAUGAUGUGUUUGUUCUUGGCCCAUCUAAAUCCCUUCAAGCUGCCCAUCCGCGAACCCUGGUCAGGCAAACUGCAGUUGAGGAUUCAUCAAUCAGUGAUGGGCAGAGUUUUGCAUCGGUGUGUUCUAUGGAUGAAAACUAUCAUAGACGUAACCUGGCAGACAUUUUGAUGCCCAGGAGCAAAUCAUUUGAGCACACAUUUCCCACACAGGAAAAGAUGAAGAAGUCGCAAGGCCGAGGGUCAAUGUACGAGUGCGAGACUUGUAGAAACCGAUACAGAAAGCUAGAGAACUUCGAAAAUCACAAGAAAUUCUACUGUUCAGAACUCCAUGGGCCAAAAAGCAAGCCAACAGUCUCAAAAGAUUCAGAACAGGAAACUGCGUCACGUAGCACACAGCCCCAAAUACUGCAUUACAGAGUCAUGGGGCCAAAGGGGGUUCUGGAGCAACCACUGCAGGUGAGGAAAAGAAGAAAAAUUAGAAGCAUUGGUGAUGAUGAUGAGGUGGUAUCCAGUGAAUGUACCAGAGAUAAAGCGGUAAAUAAGAAGCCUUCUACACAUCCAGUUGCUGCUAAGGCUGUUAUAUCCAAAGGGAGCAAUGCAAUUGCCAGUAUUCCACAAACAAACAGCAUCAAUGCGAAAAAUGUACCUUUUCACAUAAGCAAUGCAGAACACUCUCUGGAGGCUGCACUGUCUUUUAGCAGCGAAAUUCCAAUCCAAUCGGUUCACAGUCCAUUAAAAGAGAGAGGAGAGUCAAGUAGGACGAGCAGUGGGGUGUCUGUAAUUCAACAUACAAACUCCUUGAGCAGAACCAGUUCCUUUGAGAAUGCUGAAUCCAUUGAUAGAAUUUCUCCUGUUCCUUUACAAGAAAAGGAUCUCAAUGACAAAAUUAAGCAGCCUGCUAUAUUUGUGGGUGAGGGUAAAGAAGAAAUUCACCUCCCUCAACUUGCAUCUGCUCAACAACUUGAAACAUCUGCGACAAGAGUAGAAAUGCAUGAAACUUUGCGAAUGGCGCCUGCUGAUAUUAAUAAUCCCUUACAGCAAUCCCGUCUAGUCCGUCAACGUAACAUUCAAGUUCCUGAAAUCUUGGUUACAGAAGAACCAGACCGAUUGCAGGAACCCCAAGGAAAUGAUCAAGAAAAAGGGACUGAAACAUUUCACUGGCCUCAGCGAAGUGAGACACUUUCCAAGCUACCAACCGAGAAACUCCCACCGAAGAAGAAAAGGAUACGCUUAGCUGAAAUGGAACAUUCAUCUGGUGAAUCGAGCUUUGAUUCUACACUGUCGAGAAGCCUCAGUCGGGAUAGCAGUUUGUCUCGUUGCUCUAGUUUAUCAGCUUCCUUUGAUCGGGAUGAUGCUCCAAGGAUCGAGAGUCCUUCAAAGGCAGAAGCAAUCAAUAAAUCAUCUGAGUUUCUUACACUGCCUGGUGGCACGAAUACACUUGUUGUGCCCAGCUCGCACUACAGAGAAAUGAGACGCGCUGCAUCUGAACAAAGUAGUUCUUUGCAACAUUCUAUGGAGGCCAUUGCAGGAAUUCGCAGCAAGUCAUUUGAUUGUGGUAGUAUAUCCCCAACAAGGUCUGUGUCGCCUGUAGUUCCUAUGGAAAUGGUUUCACCAUUGAUUUCUUCUCCAAUAGAAACAUGUGAAUCUGUACCUCUCAUUGAAAGAAGAAGAGGGCCUCUUGUGCGACAAAUGUCUUUAAGCAUUGGGCCAGAAACUUCUCAACCUCAAGUUGUGUCUUCCAACUUAUUUCAACAAAAUCUCUCUGUGCAGAUUUCUGCUGUGCCCCAUCUCAAAGGUCCUUUAGCUCAUAGGCCUGUGUCCUUUUUAACUUCCCAGCAUCCAUUAUCUUGCGCGUUGCAAGUUCAGCACACGACACAGCAUGAAUCCAUGUCUUCCGCACAAGAUGUAAGCGUGAACAAUCUAAUUCAUAUUCAACCGCCUGAGGGACUACCUGGCAGUGUUCAGAGGCCCAUCCAAAGUCAGCUCCCGCACGAAAACACAAACAUAUUGCUUGCAAAUGUAAUGCCAGGUCAUUUAGCCCAAAAUACUUUAGGUCAACGUAUAUCACAGUCUUCUGAGCCUCAAGAUAAUAGAUUUGCUCCCAAAUACCAACUGCACCCAUGCCAACCCUGUUUGCUUCCCAGUGCUGCACCUCAAUUGCCAAUAAUUUCUCUUCCAAUCCCUGUUACUAUUGAAGCAAGUGGGCUGACUUCAAGUGUUUCCACAAAGUCACUUGAAAUUGUUUCAAAUUUGUAUUUGGUACCACAGGUUCAGCAAGUAAUUACAGCCCAAUCACCUAGCAAUAUACAACCUCUAGCUUCUCUUGUCGUGCCUGUUGGCAGUAAUAAGUCUGUUUAUAACAUUGGUACGUUUACAACGCUGCCACAGAUUUUACUAACACCAGACCAAUCCAGCCAGCUAUCUCCAGUUAUUUGUGAUCUUGACAAUUCAACCAGGGAUAAGGAGAUGCUUACAACAGCAAAGGAUUAUCCAGAACUCCAUGAAAGUGAAGUAACCUCUAAAAUAAAAAUGUCUGCUGUUCCUGAAAACUGCAAUUCACAAAGUGAAAGCAGAAAUUCACCUGUUCACAUUGUCUCACAGAAUUAUACUAAAAAGAUUUUAUCAGAUGAACUCCUUGCACACCAGGAAACUACAGUAUCAAGUAAACGCAUGCUGUCACCAGCUAACAGCUUGGACAUUGCGAUGGAAAAUCAACAAAAAAGAGCCAAGGAUGAAAAUGGAUCUGUAAGCAAUAGUAAUCUUACAUCCAUUCAGUUACACUGCAUGGUAUCUUUUGACUCCAAUAAGCACAAGAAGCCUACGUUGGUGAGGCAAGUUUGCACCACAGAUCAGGUGGAUGUUCCAUUGCCUGUUGAUCAGGAAGGUACUCCACAGUACUAUCCUGAGACUUCAGAGUUUAAUAGCUCACCAACAAAGUCCAACCAGGAGGUUUCAGCAGUUGCAAGCUGCCAGGAAAGAACUGUAAUUUCAAGAGAGACAUUAAAAUCCGAACAUUCAAGCCAUUCUCCUUCCCCUUCGUGUACCGUUAUUAAAAAAUCACCUGCACCCAUAUCUUCCAUUUCUCCACAGUUGAAUAACACUUUGUUGAAGUCAUCAACUAACAUUCAAGGUAAUAAGUUACCAUUUAAUAAAAACAACCAAAUUCAGCCAAUGAGUAACUUGGAGAGGACAAAGGUGGGAGCUUCUUUUCCAAUAACAAGCACACGAAAUGUACAACGUGCAUCGCUUUCAACUCUGAAGACUUCAACGAGUUUCAGUUGGUGUUAUUUAACAAAGUGCAAGCCUUUACAUAUACAGCAGGCAGACAAAAAGACCUCCGCAUAUGCCAGUUGGCCAAUUAGCUCAAACAAUCUCAAUCCAUUAGGCCUGCCCACAAAGGUUGUACUUGGUCUUCUCAGCUCGAAACAAAAGAAUAAGAAACUAACGUACACCCAAGCAAAAACAACCCUGUCUCGCUCUGGCAUAUUGGUACCUUCAAGCAAGUGGAAAGCUGAUAAGUCCAAGGCACUGGUCGGUCGAACACUUUCUCCUCAUGAAAGUAACAGUAAGGACUCGCAUGAGCCUCAACAAGGUGGUGAUCUUGACAAAUUACACUCUGCAAUGAAAAGUGAACCAAGGCGAAUCAGGAUCUUCGAUGGAGGGUAUAAAUCAAACGAAGAGUAUGUGUAUGUUCGAGGACGAGGUAGGGGCAAGUACAUUUGCGAGGAAUGUGGGAUCCGUUGUAAAAAGCCCAGUAUGCUAAGAAAGCACAUUCGUACCCACACCGACCUUCGGCCUUACCACUGCAACUACUGCAACUUUUCCUUCAAAACUAAAGGAAACUUGACCAAGCAUAUGAAGUCCAAGGCUCACAGCAAGAAGUGCAUGGAAAUGGGAUUGUCGGUCGCUUCGUUCGAGGACCAAGACACCGAUGAAUCAGGUGAUAGAAGUAAAGCUGGAUAUGAUCGUCCCUAUUCGGAUGGCGAGGACUCGGAUGGUCAGGAUGAGGAUGACAAUGACGUAGAGGAUGAUGAUGAAGACAGCCAAGGGGAAACUGGACUCUCAGCCAGUCCUUCAGUCACAGCUAGUCCUCAGCACCACAUACAGAGACAUGAUCACCAGCUUGAUACACUGAACGCUGCCUCUGCCUCUUUAAUUGAAGAUGUGGUGAGGAUAGCAAAGGCGCCCAUUGCACUGCAUACUGCUAGCUUGGAGGUGCUGCCUGAUGCUUGGUUCACACAGAUUGCUACGGAUCCUGGAACCAGCAAACUGAAAUCAAAAACUGACUCAAUCCAUCAGCGUCUCACUGAAGAAGAGAACAGCAACCCAAAGACUUCCCCUGCAGCUAGAGAUACAAUGUCUGAGGAUGAUCACAGCUCUCCCAGCCACCUGCUCUCACCUAACAGACAGCAGGAAAAUAUCGGUCCAAAGGUACCAUGCUCAAUCCGCCUGUCGCCACAUCCGCAACUAGGGUCGGCUUGGACUAAUGAUCCUCUGACAGCAUCUCUCUCUCCUGCCUCCAGCUCCCGCAAGUCUGUGGGGCUACAGUACGAGGUAUCAGAUGAGGAGCCACCAAUGAACAUCUUCAGCCACCUCCCCCUUCAUUCCCGACAGCAGAGCAGAAUGCCAUACAGCAUGGUGCCAGUAGGGGGCAUACAAUUAGUUCCUGCUGGCCUAGCUGCUUACUCUACAUUUGUACCCAUCCAGGCUGGACCAGUGCAGCUCACCAUCCCUGCUGUCAGUGUUAUCCACAGGACAACAAGCCCUUCCUGCGACGAGGCCCUGCAAACAGAGGCCACGGCCAAAUCUUUAGGUGUUUCGGAGAUGAAUACAGUUUUGCCAUGUAUUCCUUUUGGCCAAGUCAGUGUGUGUGGUUUGCACAGUAUGAACACCUCAAGUUUACAAACUGUUGAGCCUUUGGGCCUGGAGACAUUAAACAUUUUAUCGAGUUCAAAUCUCGGUCCACAGAUAAACCCUUCAGGCCUUGCACUUAACUCUGUUGGCCUUCAAAUGCUAACCACCAACCCACAGAAUCGAAGUACCCCUAGCCCAGGAGCACAAAUACUGAACAUGGCACCACCAGCUUUUAUGCCAUCAAUGUUGGGAGAAAUGGGUCAAAGUACUGAGACUCAUUUUACCAACAAACUUUGUCAAACAAGGUCAGAACAGAUUCCCAUUAGCCUUCCUGUUACAGUUCACGUUAGCCAGAUAACCUGCACAUUAUCCCCUCAGGUUUCUCCUCGAAUUCAAGCUUGUUGUCCCAAGGACGUGUCAGACACUUCUGUCGCCUCGGAACACGGACAGCCACAUAAAACCGGAGAAAGGCAAAGGUCUCAAGCCGAUGGAAUCAGCAAAACCAGCCAUCGUCAGCCACACAAUAACAAAUCUGCCACAACAGACUCUGACACAGGGCAAGGCUUAAAGGGAUACUCUGCAGAAGUGACCAAGUCUCCAGUCCGCCAGGCUGCUUCCCCAGAAAGAAUUGUAUCGAAGCCUGUGGGAACUACCCAGCGACGAGUCACUGUACAAUACAGUGAUGUCAGCAGUGAUGAUGAGGACAGACUAGUAAUAGCAACAUGAAGAUUUCAGCAGGACCUUUUCAUGCUAUCACUUGACAUUUAAAAAACAAACAAUUAAUGUUUUUUAACUGUACAAACUCUUUUCCUGAAAGCACACUUUCUGAUAUAGAUAUUCAUGUUUGUGCAAUCGUAAACUUAAGACCAACUUAUAAGAUGAACAAUGUCUUUUUUUUCUCGUCCGCUCCAGCCAUUUUUGUACAUGUUGUAUAGACAAUUGUGCCUUUCAAGUUUCUCGUUUAGGAAUUGUACAGACUAUAAAAUAUAUGAAAAGUAGUCGCUUGUGCUUACUAAAUGAUUUUUUUUUAAAAAUUACAAUGUGUGGUGUCAUAGUAAGAAAGAAACUACAUGUUGCACUGAUAAUGUAAAUUUCUAUGGCUAUGGGGCAGUGUUUCUGUGUACAGGCGUAGAUUGUAUACUCAUUUAUAUUUAUUGUAUCCAUUUUGUGGUCUUGGCACAUGACCAAUUCUUUCAUGUGCAAGGGAGUAGGUUUACAUCCAGGGAAACUAUCUCUCUAGAAUAAACAUGAUCAAAUGA